UAUGCUGUGUUUUCCUAAGCAGUUUGAUUGAAGUUGAAGCAUAUAAUCAAAAUAUACAUUCUCUUCGGGUUAUAGUGUCUGAGAAUCAGCCUUACAGAACCGCUUUUCACUUCCAGCCUCCUCAAAACUGGCUCAAUGGGGUGUGUAAAUGGGUGCCUUUGAUUUUAUACAGAUCCUAAUGGGCCAAUGUAUUAUGGGGGAGUUUACCAUCUGUUUUACCAAUACAAUCCCUAUGGUGCAGUGUUUGGUAAUAGGAUGAUAUGGGCACAUUCUAUAUCAUAUGAUCUAAUUAAUUGGAUUCAUCUUAAUCAUGCCAUUGAACCGACUGAGCCAUUUGACAUCAACAGCUGCUGGUCAGGCUCUGUUACAAUCCUUCCAGGCAAUAGACCUGUUAUCUUAUACACUGGUGUUGAUGCUAAUAAUUAUCAGGUCCAGAACUUGGCCACACCAAAAAAUUUAUCUGACCCAUUCCUCAGAGAAUGGGUAAAAUUCUCUAAAAAUCCUAUCAUGACUCCACCUAAUGGUAUCAAGGUAAAUGAGUUCAGAGACCCAACAACUGCUUGGAAGGGCCUGGAUGGAAAAUGGAGGGUAAUCAUUGGAAGUGAACUUAAUAACCAUGGAAUAGCCAUUCUAUAUCGAAGCGAGGAUUUUGUGAGCUGGACUAAGUAUCAACAUCCACUUUAUAUAUCUGAAGAAACUGGAAUGUGGGAAUGCCCAGACUUUUACCCUGUGUCUAUUAACAGCACAAAUGGUGUUGACACUUCAGUUCAGAAUCCAAGUGUAAAGCAUGUGAUGAAGGCAAGUUUCAAUUCCCAUGACUACUACACGUUGGGUAACUAUGACUCUCAGAUGGAAAGAUUUAUUUCUGAAAGUGACUUUACGGGUACUAGUUUGGACUUAAGGUAUGAUUAUGGAAAAUUUUAUGCUUCGAAGACAUUCUUUGACAAUGUCAAGAACAGGAGGAUAUUGUGGGGUUGGGUGAAUGAGUCUGAUAGCACCGAAGAUGAUAUUGAGAAAGGUUGGUCUGGACUUCAGUCAAUUCCUAGGCGAGUCUGGCUUGAUAAAAGCGGAAAGCAAUUGUUACAGUGGCCAGUUGAAGAAAUUGAAACUCUACGUGACAGUCAAGUUAGUAUUCAUGGAAAGAAACUUUUAAGUGGAGCAGUUUUUGAACUUUCAGGUAUCACAGCUGCACAGGCCGAUGUGGAAGUAUUUUUUGAGGUGCCUGAACUAGAAGAGGCUGAAUUCAUGGAUCCUACUGGGGUUGAUCCCCAACUUUUCUGUGGUAAAGAGAAUGCAUCUGGUAAUGGCAGAUUAGGACCAUUUGGUUUGUUGACUCUCGCAUCAAAGGACUUGACAGAGCAGACUGCAAUAUUUUUUCGAGUAUUCAGAGGUCCCAGCAGAUAUAUAGUACUGAUGUGUAGUGAUCAGAGCAGGUCUUCUUUAAGAAAAGAGGUCGAUAAAACCACAUUUGGAGCUUUUGUUGACAUCGAUCCUCGCCUUGAAAAGAUUUCGUUAAGGAGCUUGAUAGAUCACUCAAUUGUUGAGAGUUAUGGAGGGGAAGGGAGAACUUGUAUCACCACUAGAGUUUACCCCAUGUUGGCUUCAGAUGAAGGGAUGCACCUGUAUUUAUUCAACAAUGGGAGUUCAAGUGUGGUAAUUUCAAGAUUGGAUGCUUGGAGCAUGAAAAGAGCCAAAAUCAAUGGCAAAGAAAGUUUAAGGUAUCGGGCAACGUAACUUGAAGGAUGUAACAUCAUUGAGGCCUUAGGUGUGUUUUUUACUUGUAUUUAGAAGGCAAUUGAGGUGUAGACCUGCUAGCUGACAUAGGUUUUUUCACCUCAUGCUUUAUGGUUUCUUGAUAUCCCACCUUUGAGUCUAUGUUCAUUUAUCCUUCUUGUUGUCUCUGGUGUUGCUGUGCCCAACGAGAGUAACGUAUACAGCUUUCUGUUUAGUAAUACACAUCAUUUACACAAAGAAAGGCAUUGCCAAUAAAUUUUAUGAAAUAGAUGCAAACUGCAAGUGAGACUCAUUUCUGAGA